AACGUUAUAAGGACAAGAAUAUGAGCACACGUUUCACUAACGGAACCAUGAAUGUAUUAAGACAGAUAUAAAGGUCGGAUCUUUACAGUGCUACACUCAGCGGAAGUAAACAAGGCAGGAGCUAGUCGUGUUAGCUACAGGGUGUGUUUGAGUUAUCUGGGAGUAGCCUAUCAACAACACAGUGAGACAGCUUACUGGUAAUUCAUCAACAAUGUCUUCAGUUCAUUGUUUGAGAGAGUUAAUCAACGAGCGACUAACUGCUGCUGCUGAAGAAAUAUUCAGAGUUUUUCACAAAACUAUCAUCGAGUAUGAAGAAGAGAUCGACCGUCAGCGCAGACUGCUGGAUACCGCUUGGAAACCUGAAAUGGACUUAAACAUUAUAGAGCUCCCACAGCAACAUGUCUGUAAGGAGGAAGAGGAGGAGGAGAAUCUCACUGACCAGCAGCUCUGCAACCAGGAGAGGAACUCCAGUUUGGACCAAGAGGACCCAGAGCCUCCACAGAUUAAAGAGGAGCAGGAGGAGCUGGUGCUGAAGCAGGAGACUGAACCCUUUAUGUUGACUCCUACUUGUGAGGAAAGUGAAGAGCAGACUCUGGACUUGAAUUCUGAUGAAACUCAGAGUGCAGCAGAGGACGAGCAUGUUGUCAGCAUGUCAGUUAAAAACUCUGUGAUACCACAAUUAAAUAAUGACGACCAGUUCCUUUCCCGUACCUCUCAUGUAGCUGAGAGUCAAGAUCACAAAGGAGGCAGACAAGGAGACUCAGGAUCUACUAGAAAUACAGAGCCAAAACCACAUACAAGUCACCACAAAGGCGAAAGUCACACUGGCAAUGAGGACAGUUACACCAUGCUAAAGAUUCACAGUGACACUUAUACAGGGAAACCAUCUUUAAAAUGUGACACCUGUUUGAAAACUUUCUGUUCGACAUCGGCACUGAACGCUCAUUUAACAAUCCACACAGGUGAGAAGCCAUAUUCUUGCGAGACAUGUGGGAAAGAUUUCAGAUGUAAUAGUGGAUUAAUGGCCCACAUGAGAACCCACACAGGUGAGAAGCCGUACCUUUGCAACACCUGUGGAAAAAGGUUCGGCCAGUCGUCAAACUUGAUAAGGCACAAAAGAUUACACACAGGUGAGAAGCCAUAUUCAUGUGAUACCUGUGGGAAAAGAUUUAGUAAAAUGUCAGGAUUGAAAACCCACAUGACAGUCCACACAGGUGAGAAGCCUUAUGUUUGCAACACCUGUGGGAAAACAUUUUGUUUGACAUCAGCACUGAACGCACAUUUAGCAGUCCACACAGACGAGAGGCCAUAUUCUUGCAAAACAUGCGGGAGAAAUUUCAGAUAUAAAAGUGGAUUGAUGGUCCACAUGAGAACCCACACAGGUGAGAGGCCGUAUUCCUGUAACACAUGUGGGAAAAGGUUUUAUCACCCAUCAAAUGUAAUACAGCACAAAAGAAUACACACGGGUGAGAAGCCGUACCUUUGCAACACCUGCGGGAAAGGGUUUUGCAACUCGUCAAACUUGAUAAAACACAAAAGAAUACAUACAGACGAACGGCCGUAUCCUUGCAAAAUAUGCGGGAGGGAUUUCAGAUCUAAAGAUGUAUUGGUGGUCCACAUAAGAACCCACACAGGUGAGAAGCCGUACUCUUGUGACACCUGUGGGAAAAGAUUCAGUCAGACGUCAACGCUGAAAGCUCACAUGAGAAUACACACGGGUGAGAAGCCGUAUUCUUCCUAAACAUUGGGGGAGAGAUUUCAGAUGUCAUUUGUUGAAAACCCACACAGAAAAGAAAAAAGACACACAAGG